AUGGCCAUAGAGUUCUACACAGGCCCUAUCCCACGUGGCCCACACACACCGGAUAUAUUAGCUGCCGCCACUAGCGACCAGAUAGAUGAUAACAAACUGUUAGGGGUUUGGAUUGCGCUGAGACACGUAGAAGCAUCCCACGCUAUUGCGCGUCGACCGUCAUCGGCCAUAUACAGAGUACCGGAGAACGAUGUCUCUUUGAAGGGUUGUGUGAAGGCGUCGGCAGGGCGGGUCGCCGGAUCCUCCACCGUGCCAUCGAGGAGCCGCCGUGACAUCGAUCGAGAGGGUAAGGGAGUCCUGCAUGGUGUUAAAUAUAAAAUGCAAAGAACUGGCUGGCACGGAUGGGUUCGGGCCUGGGGGAUGCACGGAUCCCGGAAAAAAGCAUUUCUUAUAGUUAUUAUGAAGCUUGUGUUUUUUAUGAUUGAAAUUUUCACUGUCAUGAUGCAGCAAAUCAUAGCCAAAUCAAACUACUAA